GCCAAAAAUUACAUAAUACGGGGGAUGAGGCUGCGACUAGGCAGUUCAGCGCGCGGAGAGACCCAUGUCAGCCAGACUUGGGGCCCAAUUCAGCCCAUCGCCGCUUGUGGCUUUUCGAUCAGUUGAAGCCUUGAACUGCAUCUCAAUCUGGAAACCAUGGGGGAUCAGGGUUCCCUGCAGGCCCUUGCCGACGCGCCGUUUCCCUUGACCGAGGUUGAUAAAUGGGUCCUUGCGCAGUCGGACGAGGAUUAUCGGCUUCACGACUGGGAAGAUCUGAGGCACAUUAUUGAAACAAAUAAUUUGGGCAUUCUGAAAAGAAAGCCCUCAGAUCUCCGCCGCUAUAUUGCCUGGACCGCGGAGACCAAAGCACAAUAUGGCACCAUAACGGAAUACAUCCUGCAGACUCGUUUGCCAAAGGCCUGGGGGGUGCCACCCUUCAUUCCCGAAUCGCUGGUCCCCUUUGAUGCCGCCUCGGACUACAAGGUCCUGCUGAAUGAUUGGCCGUACGGCCUGACACCGGAGAUCACGCAUAUUGUUGUGUGGUCCCGCACUCCAAUUCCUACUGAUCCCGAGACGGGGGAUCUGACGACUGAGAGCAGGGCCCAGGUGGAGGAUUUUGUCAAGGCGUACUUUGUCGAUACGCUGGGCGCCGGAGGGGAGCAGCAAGUGCUGUGGUUCAAGAACUGGGUUGCGCUGCAGAGCGUGCGGACGCUGGAGCACUUCCAUGUGUUAGUCCGUAAUGUUGACGAUGAUAUGCUGGAGCGCUGGACGGGGGAGCGGCCGCGACGAGGCGAGAAGUGAAUUAAUAGAGACUAUACAGUUGGGCCGCUCCUAACCUUUUGUUGGUUUAUUGUUUGACUUUUAUUUUUAUUUUUUUUUUGCUUUGCCUAGCAUCCAGCUAUUUUUUUUUGUAUAGACAGCCACAAAUAGACAGACAGACCACCGUUAUAAAAUGCCACCACCUAAGCAGUCCUCCGUGCUCGACGGUUCCCUUGCGGCGCAGCGUUGUUGUCGGCAUUGCCACCACCUUGCAUCGAAGCGAGUGCGUUCUUGCCCAUGCCUAAAAGUCCAUAGGCGAGAUAGGCGCCAUACGCAGGAACCACGGCAUACAGCAUCCAGCCCCAUUUGCCAAACAGGAUCGCAGAAAUGAUCGAUGCCCACGUCACCCAGAUGACAUCAAACAUGUACUCGGUCAAGCCAGCGGCUG